GCCUCCGAGCGGCCGCCUUAGCUAGAGAGGUCGUACUUCUGCGCAGGCGCCCUCAGCCCGCAGCUGGCGUGGCCCGCGCAGUGAGACCGCCUGCUGCCAUGGCGUCUCUGCCUCUGGCGCUGCCGCUUUGCAUUCUGCCGCCGGGCUCGGACUCUCCCCGCCUGGUAUGCUACUGCGAGCCGGAGAGUAGUAGAGAUGGGAACAGCGGCGGCUUCAACCUCUAUGUGACGGACGCCGCGGAGCUCUGGAGCACCCGCUUCUCCACCGACAACCUGGCGACGCUCAAAGCCCGAUUUGGCCUAAGUGGGACUGAGGACAUCUCAUCCCGGUUCAGGGCAGCCUGUCAGCAGCAAGCGGUGACUGUAAGCCUGGAAGAGGACAGAGCAUUGAUGACCCUUUCGGGGGACACCUCUGCACUGACCUUUGACCUCUCCAAGGUGUCCAGCCCGGAGGCAGCACUAAGGCUGCAGGCUUUGACUUUCAGCCUGGCAGAGCGUGUAUGCAACCUAGAGAAGCAGCUCGCAGCUGCAGAAGAAACCGCCGCUAGCCCCAGGAAGAACACUCAGCCAGCAGGCCCCCACCUCUUCUUACCAGAACUCGAUCACCAAAGAGGCAGCGCUGGUCUUGGGGUCAGGAAACGCUGUCCAGGGGAGUCUCUCAUCAACCCUGGCUUCAAAAGUAAGAAACCAGCUGGUGGUGUAGACUUUGAUGACACCUGAUGCUGGCAAAGCCUGUGACCUCGCCAGGAGCCUGUCUGCGGGGAAAGCAGUAGAUCCGGGACCCCCACCAAGA